AUGGACUUGUCUAGCUGCCAACUGGAGACAGAGCACACGUUGCCCACGGUCUCUGGCACCGCUCAUCCCGACGGCCACAUUCUUAUGGCAACCGAAAGGGGUCGAAUUGGUGAUUGUCCCACCUGUCUUGUUCCACGCCCCACCGGUGCCCACCCCCUUCGGGACGGCAACGCCUCGGACGUGAGGCCCACUCUGUCUCUAGGCCCCCAGCGUCAGUACCGCUUCCGUCUCCAUGAUGCCAUGACACAUGAAGUCUGCCGGAUGGUCGUCGUAUGA